GCGGGGUCGGGCGCAGGCGGCGGCUGUCAGGCCCUCCUUCCAGACAGCAGCGACUGGUGCCGGGCGAGGCAGGCGGCCCCCAACUUAAGUCCCCGCGUCCCGGCCCGCGGGGCACCUGGGCCGUGCCGGGGCAUGGACGAGGAGAAGAUGGACGAGAAUGAAUGGAAAUACCAUGGCGAGGGCAACAAGAGCCUGGUGGUGGCCCACGCGCAGCGCUGUGUUGUGCUGCGUUUCCUGAAGUUUCCUCCGAACAGGAAGAAGACCUCGGAAGAGAUAUUUCGGCACCUGCAGAACAUAGUGGACUUUGGCAAAAAUGUCAUGAAAGAGUUUUUGGGAGAGAACUAUGUUCAUUGCGGGGAAGUUGUUCAGCUGCCUUUAGAGUUUGUGAAACAGCUUUGUGUUAGGAUACAGUCUGAAAGACCAGAAUCUCGCUGUGACAAGGACCUAGACACUCUCAGUGGCUACGCCAUGUGCCUUCCCAACUUAACCAGACUGCAGACCUACCACUUUGCAGAGCUACGGCCCAUUCUGUGUGUGGAGAUCAAGCCCAAAUGCGGGUUCAUUCCGUUCUCGAGUGGUGUCACGCACGAGAUGAAACACAAGGUGUGUCGCUACUGCAUGCACCAGCACCUCAAGGUAGCGACUGGGAAGUGGAAGCAGAUAAGUAAAUAUUGUCCCCUUGAUCUCUACUCAGGAAACAAACAGAGAAUGCACUUUGCACUGAAGAGUUUGCUGCAGGAGACGCAGAACAACUUGAAGAUAUUUAAGAAUGGUGAGCUCAUCUAUGGUUGCAGCGACGCCCGCAGCCCUGUGGCCGACUGGAGCGAGCUCGCCCACCACCUGAAGCCCUUCUUCUUCCCUUCCAACGGCCUGGCGGCCGGGCCGCACUGCACGAGGGCCGUGAUCCGGGAGCUGGUGCACGUCAUCACGAGGGUGCUGCUGAGCAGCACCGACAAGGGCCGGGCGGGUGCCCUGCGGCCCGGGCCCCAGGGCCCACGGGUCUGCGAGGCCAGCCCUUUCAGCAGGAGCCUGCGCCGCCAAGGAAAAAACGCCCCAGAGCGCUCGGGGUUACCGAAGGGCUGUCUUCUGUACAAAACCCUCCAGGUGCAGAUGUUGGACCUGCUGGACAUCGAAGGCCUCUACCCUCUGUACAAGCGGGUUGAGCGGUACCUGGAGGAGUUUCCUGAGGAGAGAAAAACGUUACAAAUAGAUGGGCCUUACGAUGAAGCGUUUUACCAGAAGCUAUUUGACCUCUCCACGGAGGACGACGGGACGGUGGCCUUCGCGUUGACAAAGGUGCAGCAGUACCGAGUCGCCAUGACCGCCAAGGACUGCUCCAUCAUGAUUGCGCUCUCCCCAUGUCUGCAGGACGCAAGCUCUGAUCAGAGGCUGGUGGUCCCCUCGUCGAGGUCUCGGCUCGCCUUCUCCGUGUCUGUGCUGGACCUCGACCUCAAGCCCUAUGAGAGCAUUCCUCACCAGUACAAACUGGACGGCAAGAUCGUCAGCUUCUACUCCAAGACUGUGCAUGCCAAAGACGACACGGUGAUGUCGGCGCGAUUCAAGGAGAGCGAGGACUGCACACUGGUUCUCCACAAGGUCUAACUCCUUCCCUGCCAUGUUUCUGAAACUUGAACACAGACUGUGAAGGUUGAAUGCUGGAGCGGUUUUCUGUUGCGCUGGGUGACUCUGGUUGUGAAUCUUUUUGCAUUGAACCCCCGCUCAGGUGGGGUUGCCUCUGGGAGGUGUGGAAUUAAAGAGCACUAGGAACAUCUGACAGGACUAGGGAUGUAGGACGUGAGCGCUGUGCCCAGGAAGCUGCUGCUCAUGGUCUUUAAAUGGAAGUGUCCGUUACUCCCUGGGAAGACGUUCGGGGUGGUUCUUCCCUCCACCUGGGGGCUCACGUCUACUUCUCUGAUGCAGAAAGCCUUAUCCUAAGACCCAAGGUUUGGAUCUCCUACCACGAGACUCCUAACUUAGAAAACUUGAAUUGUCACGAGCAUCCUACCGUUUGGACUUUAAGGAAACAUGGAUACUACUGGAACGUCCCUCUCUGAGUCCUUGGUCACUUUCUCAAUGCAAGCCACACGUGGGCACAGUGCAGGGCGUGCCCGGGGUGGUGUGGGCCGUCUAGACUCGGGUCCCUGUGGAGGUGCCGGCGCCCGUGGCUCCGUGGCAGGUCGGCAAGGAGCAGAGACUCAGGUCAGGAUGGACACCACUCCGCGUGAACACUGUUUUUCCUUCACGGUUUUCUCUUUCGGGGGAGGUAGGCUUUCUUUCCCACCUGAAGUUGCUGCUGUAGAGGUGGGGGCAGAGCUGUCACUUGCCGAGCUGCUGGGGCAGGUGUGCUGGGGUUAAGGAAUGGGGUUCCCCUUCUCCCACCUCACACCCUCUCCUGGGUUUGCCUUGAGCUAUGCUGGGUGUGCGGGCCCAUGGCCUUGUCCCCAUCAGGCUGCCGAAGGCCCCACUUCCAGAAGGGAAAUGAUGGGUAGCUGGUGCUGAGAGGGUUCUUGGGUGGGUCACUGAGUGUGCCCGGCUGCUAUGAAACCGUAGGGAAUCUUGGCUUCGGUUUUUUAUUCUAUGGUAGCUUGUACAGACUGAUUAUUUAUAUCAUCAUUUUGAGGGACAAAUGAAGGCUUAUUGUAACAUAAUAUUAGCAAAACCAUGGAAUUGUAUGAAAAUACUACAUGAGAAAUAAGGAAAAUAUUUUGAUGAUUGUAAAUUUUUGUGGGAAGUUUGUGAUAACUUGAGAAUUACACUUGUUUGAAUCAAGCCAACUCUUCUAGAAUUUAUUGUUCAGUUCUGCCGUAAUAUUUACUUCUAAUUUUGAUCUACACUUGGAGAUGCAAAAAGAUUAUUUAUGCAUUAAGACACUUUUACUGUUUUCUUCUGAUUUCAAGUGGCAUCAUCUCAUGUGCCGGCCUCGGGUCACGUAUGCAGGGAAGGAGAAGGCUGUUACUGCUCACCUGGGGCUGGGACGGCCUCACCCAGGUGCUGUGGUGUGUGGAGAGUCCUGGGUUUGUGUGCACACAGG